AGUUUAGAAAGAAGUUUUGAAAACCAUUAUUGUUUGGUGGCAAUGGUUUCUCUUUUACAUAAAGUUAUACAUAACCGGGCUUCUUUAGUAUCUAAAGUAAUUUGUCCUUUUAUUACUUCUCGUCCAAUUUCUUGUAGUGUCAAGGUUUGUCUUGAUAAGACAAGUUAUUCCGACAAAGGAUCAGUGCCCACUAAUGGAAAAUUUUUAAAUUUUCAUCAUUUAACAUUUGUCGUUGGAAACGCAAAACAGGCGGCUUCCUAUUAUAUAACACGAUUAGGAUUCCAACCUGUAUGUUAUAAAGGACUUGAAACUGGAGAAAGAGACUACGUUCAACAUGUUGUCCGCCAAAAUAACAUAUUUCUGGUGCUAACUUCCCCCUACAAUCCAGGUGAGCAAAUAUUAAAUGAUCACUUGAUUAAACAUGGAGAUGGAGUAAAGGAUGUGGCAUUUGAAGUUGAAAACUUGGAGGGAAUUGUAGACAGAGCAAAAUCCCAAGGCGCUAAAGUAUUGAAAGAUAUUUGGGAGGAGACCGAUUUUGAAGGAAUUGUUCGUUGUGCUACUAUCCAAACUUACGGAGAUACAACCCACACUUUAAUAGAUAAAAGUUUAUACCGAGGUCAGUUUCUACCUGGAUAUUCGCCAUGUCAACCAGAUCCACUAGGAAAAAUGCUUCCAGCCACAAAUUUGGAUUUUAUCGACCAUAUCGUAGGAAACCAGGCUGAUAAAGAAAUGGAAUCCGUUGCCAAAUGGUAUGAAGAUGUUCUACAAUUCCACAGAUUUUGGUCUGUAGAUGACAGCCAGAUUCACACUGAGUAUUCUGCACUAAGAUCUAUUGUAAUGGCAAACUGGGAAGAAAAUAUAAAGAUGCCAAUAAACGAGCCUGCUCCUGGAAAGAAGAAGAGUCAAAUUCAAGAAUAUGUUGAAUAUUACGGUGGAGCUGGAGUACAACAUAUUGCUCUUAAUACACAAGAUAUCAUAGCCAGUGUUAAGAAUUUGAAAGCCCGCGGUGUUGAGUUUAUGGAAAUCCCCGACUCUUACUACACAAUUUUGAGAGAACAACUUAAGUCUAGUAGUGUUAAAAUUGCUGAAGACCUCGAUAUACUACAAAAACUUAAAAUUUUGAUUGACUUUGAUGAGAAUGGAUAUUUGCUACAGAUAUUCACGAAAUGUCUUGAAGACAGACCAACCGUUUUUUUGGAAAUUAUUCAGAGAAGAAACCAUAACGGAUUUGGUGCAGGAAAUUUCAAAUCUCUUUUCGAAGCAAUAGAAUUGGAACAAGCCAAAAGAGGAAAUCUAUAAACAAAUGUUUUUAACAACAAAUUGUUUAGAGGAUGUAAUAUAAUACAUUCUAAGAUAAAUAAUUAAAAAUUAUGAGUUAUAUGACGAUGCAUUUCUUAGUACUUUUUAUUAUUUUUAUGAUACAUAUUUUUAUUCAGUAAUUAAGAAGGGAACAUAUUUAGACUGAGACGCAGCUGUGCUUAUAUAAGAUUAUUAGUUAUGUUAAAGAUUUGUAUACGUAAGAAGAUACUUUAUUGUAUAGGAUAUAAUUUUAAAUAAAUACUCU